AUGGUCGACUGCAAGACUAUGCUCCGUAACUUCAUAUUGGACAAGGGCCCUCUUUUAAGGACUGAGAAGCAAGGCACACAACGGUGUGACGUCAGACGCGUGCCAAAGGUAGAGAUAGUGGAUGAACGUGGGCGUCCUCUCCAAGACAAGUUUUACAAAGAAGGCUCCAUCAUCGAGCUGAGAUGCGUCGUGAGUGAGGUGCCGCAGCCAACGAGACAAGUCAACUGGAAGCAUGGUUCUAGACUGCUCAACUACGAUACUAAGAGAGGAGGAGUAAGUGUCAAAUCAGAAGCUACAUCAAACGGUGCGCUGUCUCGACUGUACAUAGCGAACGCGAACAGAAAUGACUCUGGCAAUUACACGUGCUCCCUCGCAGACGUUGCAGCUUCUGCCGUGUCUGUGCACGUGUUGAGAGGAGAAAACCCGCUUGCGAUGCAACGAGGCGGCGCAGCGAGCAGUUCCGAUUCAUUGCUGCUUUUACUAGCCCUAACGAUAAGCUGA